AUGAUCCUCUGCCAGCUGACCACUCUCUUGAGCCUGCUCAGUGGGGCCUGGAUGCCCACAGGCUCAGGGAGGCCUGGACCCCGAGGCCUCCCAGCUCAGCCCCAGGCUGCUGCCAAUGAGACCCAGCCUCUGGGUCAAGGGGCCCCAGCUUUCCCAGUGCCAUCCUGUGCCCUUGGCAGCUGGAAGGCCUUCUUGGGCCUGCAGAAAACCUGGCAGCUGGGGACAGGCGGGCUGCAGCAUGGGCAGGAUGUGGCAUCACUGUCUCUGCCACUGGACCCACAGGAAGUGGCCCAGGAGAUGUGCAAAGCUGUGCCCUUCACUCAAGUGCUCUCCUGGCUGGGCUGCAUGGCUGUCUACCUCCUCAAUCACCUCUGCUUUGGCCACUGCUCCUCUUUCUACAUCCCGCUCAUCCUCUGCAACAGCUGUGUGCCUGCUCGCACGCGCUGGGCACCUGUGGUCCUCUGGUGUUGGGUGGGCAGCCCAGCCUCCCGUCGCCAGGUGAAGAUGUCCGCUGUGCGGGUUGAGGGGUGUCAGUGCAGACCAAAGGCAUGA